AUGGUCCCCACGGACGACAAGCGAAACCAUAUGGCUCACGAUGAGGACAUCGAGACCGGCCAACCUGCUUUGGUCCUCGCCGAACAGAAACACGGCGAUCGAGCCCUCGAGAUAGUCGGAACCGAUCGAGUCGAGCUCACCGAAGAAGAUAACAAACGGAUUAGAAGAAAGACCGACAAAAGAAUCCUGACGAUCCUCGUCUGGGUGUAUUUCCUGCAGAUCCUGGACAAGUCAGUCCUUGGCUACGGCGCCCUCUUCGGCCUGCAGAAGGACUGCAACCUCACAGGCAACCAAUACUCCUUGGUGGGAUCCAUUGCGCCCAUCGCUCAACUGGCGUGGCAACCAUUCUCGUCGGUACUCAUCGUCAAGGUUCCUCACCGCAUCCUCAUGCCCACACUCUGUCUCGGCUGGGGCAUCGCUCAAGCCUCGAUGGCGGCGUGCCAUGAUUUCAGUUCCCUGAUGGCUGCGCGCUUUUUCCUCGGUCUCUUCGAAGGCGGCUGUCUACCCUUGUUCAGCGUCAUCACCAGCCAAUGGUACCGACGUGCAGAGCAGCCGCUCCGUGUCGCGGCAUGGUACGGGACCAACGGACUCGCAACGAUCGCCGCCUCGGCGCUCUCGUACGGCCUUGGGAAGAUCAAGUCCGACGUCCUGAAGGAGUGGCAGAUUAUCUUCCUCUUCGUCGGCUUGGUCACCAUCGUCUCCGCGCCCGUCGUCUGGUGGUAUCUCGACGACGACAUCCCCUCGGCGCGAUUCUUGACCGAGCACGAAAAGGCGCAGGCCAUUGAACGCCUUCGUGCCAACAACACCGGCACAGGCAGCCGAGAGUACAAAUGGUCUCAUAUCCUCGAACUUGCCAUCGAGCCAAAAACCUACUUGUGGAUUGGGAUGGCUCUACUGCUCAACGUCGGUGCCAGCGUCACCAACACCUUUGGCCCGCUCAUUCUGUCUGGUGUCGGGUUCGACAAGUACAAGACCACGCUGCUCAACAUUCCCUUUGGCGCGAUGCAAUUCCUGGUCAUCCUGUUGGCUUCGUACGCGGCGCAAAAAGCAAAACUCAAGUCGGUCGUGCUCGACGCGCUGAUGCUGCCCGUCGUCGCGGGUCUUGCCGUCUUGUACUGUCUGCCUCGAGACCACGGUGCCACCGCCGGGCUGUUGGUCGCGUAUUAUCUCCUCGCGUUCCUGUUUGGCGGCAAUCCAUUGAUUGUGUCUUGGAUCGUCGGCAACACAGGUGGCAGCACCAAGAAAUCCGUCAUCAUGUCCCUCUACAAUGCUGGCUCAUCAUCAGGGAACAUCAUCGGUCCAUUGCUAUUUAACAAGAAAGAGGCCCCGGCAUACCACCCUGGUCUGCGAAGUACUCUGGCCAUUUUCGUCACGCUGUUCGCAGUCGUGAUCAUGCAAUUGGUCAAUUUGAUGUUUUUGAACAAGUUGCAGUCCAGGACGAGAGUCAAGAAUGGCAAACCCGCCGUGAUCAAGGAUCAUUCCAUGGAGGAUACGUAUGUAGCCGUGGAAGAGACAGAGGGUGGACAGAGACUGGGUGACAAGGCGUUUUUGGACUUGACGGAUCGAAAGAAUGAUGAAUUUACCUAUAUUUACUAG